AUGGCCACUGAAGCCGUAGACACGCCAACCGUGGAGCCCGAUUCGCUCGUAGAGGUCUUGAGCAAAGGGCUGGUGCGGUACUACCUUUUGGAUUGUGGCGGCACCUCGCACGACAUGUGCAUCCAGCGACAUCCAAAUGGCUUGCUGGUUCUGGGUCUCGCCCCGUCCCACAGCUUGUUGCAGCCAUGUGCCUCUCGGGUGCGGGAGCUUCAGUUUCGCGAGGAGAUCAGCGAGCAGGAAGCUUUUGGCAAGCGGGGGAGGGGUGGAGCUAACCUGCUUCCAAAGACCGUUCUUGCUGACAUCUCCCUAGAGGAUGGGUCACAGAUAGAAGUCCAGGCCAGCAUCGAGGCUCGCUUAAUCGAAUUGAACACAAACUUGCAGGAUCAGCCAGGGCUCCUCCAGUCUUGCCCAGAGGAUGAGGGUUUUGUGGCUAUUCUUCAACCGAAGCGACUCCAGGACGUUCCCCGAAUUCUGGGGAGGUUGCUGGAUGCCCCGAGCUAUUCCCAAAAGCGCCCUGGGCACCUGGACACAGGCCGGCACGGCCGGCACUGUUUGUUGGGAACUUCCGGUCCGGCCUGGGCCGCAGUGGACGAAGAGCCGCCAAGCAAAAAGGCUCCAAGCGUGUGCGUUUGCAUGCAUGGAGUUUCAGAAGACAACAUCAUUUUCGCUCACGUCACGACACCCAGUCACCCAGUAGCAGUCUUCACAGAGGGUCAAUCGAGGAAUCGGGAUCCGCCAGUGCCGUUUGCCGAGUUUGAGGUGCGCAGUCUGCCGGUUUCAGAGGAGGAGCUGUGGAGAAAGGCCACCAGCUGCAUAAACCUCGUGCUUCGCAAGGGACGAUUUCAGUGCGACCUUGCAACGGGCGGCGAAGCGCUGCGUGCUGCUGUAUUGUGCUUAGACUACGUAGUCUUUAUGUGGUCAGCGCGGCAUGUUGUCAUGGCUAUACGGUUUGGGCGCGAGGCAGAGAUACUCGACGACGGAAGAUCAAUUUUUGUUUCGCUGGACGAUGAGAUAGCGCACAGGUUUGGAGUUGUCGAGCGGCCUAACAUGGCCAAAGCCGCCAAAGCCCGAGAGGCACAGUCCAAGAAGCAGAAGGCCACGGAGGCGAAGCCGCCUCCCGCAGCGCCAGCGAAGCGGCAGGCAAGCUACCAGCCUCCGCCCGCGAGCAACGGCAAGGUGCCCUUGCGAAUGCUCGGCUUGAUCCAGAAGCCCCACAAAAAGACCGGCCGCUACCAGGUCUUCUGCCAGGACAUCUCGGAUGUUUACGGGCAAGACGCAGAGAUUGCAGCGGAAGAGGUUCCUGAUGGCCUGCAGCUGGGAGACCGCGUCUCCUUCACUGUGGAGGAGCCACAGCCCAACGCUGCCACAAUUUGGGCACGGAACGUCAAGGUGCUGGCUGCACGAGGCACCAAGCGGCACAAGCCUGUCAUGGCCGGUGAUGGUGAGGAGUUGGAUGGCGUGGACCAGGUGGAGUUGCAGGAGCGGGAUGGCCCGAGCUUGUUCGUGGAGGAGGUACUGCUUGUUGAGGAGCAGCCUGCGGGUUCGGAUGAUGAGGAAGUACCCUUGGACUUCGAGGCCGGGCUGUAUGACGAUGACCCCAUCGCUGAUUCCAUCGAGUUCUUGCAGGCGGAGCAGUGUCCUGAGGCACUGUGGGGUGCAAGGAUGACCAAGACGCCAAUGCCGAAGAAGCCUUCAACGCCCGAGGAGUGGCAGCGGGCACAGAAACAGCUCUUCGGAUCCCUGCCACCGCUCAAGCCCGACUGGAUCCGAAUACGCUCGAAGUCGUCUGGCAAGGUUUACUACUACAACAUGGUUACCGGCAGCUCGACGAAUGAUGAGCCGUUACUGUGA